AACAAAGGAAUGGGGUCUGGUGUGAACAAGGAACAGCUGAGUUGGAGUUGAAGUCGAAAUGGACAUUAGUAACUGUCGAUCUGAUGUCCAGAAGUGCUUGGCGGUCAUAUGUGAUAAUGCUAACGCUAUCAUAACCAUGGAGUCGACUCUCGAGCAACAUCUGGAUGAUACCAUGAAGAAUCCAGCCAUUGUCGGAGUUCUCUGCACGGACCAACAAGGACAUAUUCUAGGAUGUCGUGGCUCUCUGUCUGAUGAGCAUGGGGGAGUGGUAUCUGUACUGGCCAGACAGGCAGCCUCUCUCACCAGAGACCCUACAGACAGUCCCACAGUGUGCCUGGAGUCAGAUUCAGGGAAUAUUCUAGUGAGAACACAUGGAACCAUCACCAUAGCUGUUCACAAGAUGGCGUCAUGAGGUCACCUAAUGAAGAUAGACGAGGCUGUUUGUAAAUCUGUUUGUUCACUAAUGCUAAAUAAUCAUACCCAAUAUAAAGUCUGGAUCUGGGAGGUCACAUAGAAGAUUGUAUUUUUAAUUUUUUUUCCACUGUCUGUUUGGCCAAGAGUCAUAUUUAAAAGUCAAGUACAUACUAUGAGUUAUGUUUUGUAUAUGUUAAUAGGGUCUGAUCUGUUUUUGGGAUGAUUUAUUUCUUAUUCAAUAAAUGGCUAAUACUUUUUUGGACAUUUUUCAUCUGAAAUCAGGUCCGAUUGUUUUUUUUUUUUCAAAUCUAUGUAGAAAUAUUGUAUAUGUUCAUAUUAAAAGCAAUGUAACAAUUUG